CCCACAAUUCUCGUUGCCAUCGCCGCCAUUCAGCAUAAUUGGAGAUACGACGCUUUCUGCCUAAAUCAGUCAUUGUUUACAUGACAGAUGCACAAAACUACCUUAAAUUCAGAAAUUUUACCAUGUUAUAACUGAACUGUCAUUAGUUAGAUAAUUUUUAAUCCACAAAUAACAUUAUGAGUGCAACAACAGGCAAAAAGAAAGGUGGAGGAUUUUUGUCGCGUCAAGCCAAAACUAAAGACAAAGGUCAACAGUUGGAACAUAUUUCAGAAGACGAGUUGCUUAAGAAAAAUUCAGUUUGUCCAGAUGAUGUACUUGGUCUUUGUAAAAUUACAGACAAUUAUUUGUGCCCUCCAGAGGCCAAUAUUUAUGGAAUAGACUUUACAAGGUUUAAGUUGAGGGAUAUGGAUUCUGGGUCUGUGAUAUUUGAGGUUGCCAAACCUCCUCCUGCAGAAGAGGAUGAAGAUGUUGAUCCAGACGAAAUUGAUCCAAAUGCAGGAAGAUUUGUACGAUACCAGUUCACUCCACAGUUUUUAAGAUUAAAAACAGUAGGAGCUACGGUAGAGUUUGUAGUUGGAGAUAAACCAGUCAGCAAGUUUAGAAUGAUAGAAAGACAUUUCUUUAAAGAAAAACUGUUGAAAAGUUUUGAUUUUGAGUUUGGGUUUUGUAUCCCACACAGUAGGAAUACAGUGGAACAUAUAUAUGAAUUUCCUACAUUAACCACAGAAGAAAUUCAAGACAUGAUGGAUCAUCCAUUUGAUACACGAUCAGACAGUUUUUACUUUGUUGAAGACAAGCUGAUCAUGCACAACAAAGCUGAUUACGCAUAUAACAGUGGAGCAUAGCCAAAAAAGACAAAAUUAAACAGAUACCAGAUCUCACUGGUCACUGGCUUACACAUACAAAUUUUCAUUGAUCAAUGGCUGUAAAUAGACAUUAUGCUAAUCAGUCAUAUGAUUAAAAACAAAAAUAUCAAUGAACAGGGAAUAACAUUGACUUGAUUUGUUUCAGCUACAAGUUUUUAUUUAUCAUAGCUGAAAUACCUGACCUUUUAGCAACAAACCAGGAGAAUGUGAAUAAAAAUCACAACACUUGAUUAUUGUCCCACCUGUGUGUAGCCAUUUUGUGUUGCUUGUUUAUUGUAUGUAGAUUUUUUAUUCAGGGAAAAUUGAAAAAGUCCUAAUAUAUAGAAUUUUUUAAGUUUUAAGAUAUAUACAUUUAUAGAUAUAUUACUAACAGAUUUUGCAUAAUAACUGAUAAUUAAUACUUGCCGCUUAAAAUGAUAACAAUAAACAUUACAUUAUAAGUAUUUUUCCAAAAUAUGCUCAAUUAAUUUUUUUCUGCUUUUCUUUUUUGGCAAAUGAACUGUGGGACAAUAUCCAAGUUCUAUCAACUUUUGUAAAAUCUUACAUUUACUUAAAAUAAGCUUUCUUUUUUCAAAAAUUUUGAACUUUUUCAAAUUCAGAAGAUUGGGAUUUAUUUUGUGUUUUAAUUGAUAAACGACCUAAACAAUUGACCCAUCCAUAUAAAAUUUUAUUACUUAAUUGAUUUUUGUUUUUAUUAAAUACUCUUCACACCAAAUAAUUCUUUUGGGACGAUUAAUUUCUCCCUUAUGGGUAACAUAACUUUUUCACCAAUUACCUUAAAAAAUGCAGAUUCAAAAUUUUGAACCUUCUUCAGUUGACAUGAUGAUGAAGUUGGUGAUUCACUGUAAAACGUAUGUGUCUGUGGGUGAUAUUUAGUUACAACAUUUUCAUUAUUAACUUCUAUCAUCAAAUACACAACUUAGAAGAGAGAGAUAUAUUUAAGGGGAUAGCAGAAAGUCUUCUGCAUGAACCUACCUUGUUGGUAAAUACCUAAAAAAGAGUUGAGGUCUGUUGUAAGCCACAAAGUUAUUUUUGAUAUUUGAGAGUCAUUAAAGAUUGUAUAAGUGUUUUUACCUGAUUAAACCUAAUUAUAUGGUGCAUAAUUGUUACGAUGUACAUUCCAUCAGAAUGAUUGUAAAGUUAGAUGAAUAUUGUGUGUAAUUCUAAACUUUUGUAAAUAAACACGUUUACUUGAAAAAAAGGAUAACUUAUUUAAUAAUUUAAAUGCAGUUUGUGCAAAAACCAUGUUGGAUUUUUUGUUACUGCUUCAUUCUGAAAAAUUCCCUUAUAGUACAAAUGAUAGACACACUUUUACAUGUAACUAAAUGGAGUUGUAUCAUUUCAUUUGUUCUUUACACAAAGGCUGUCAAUUGAUGUACAUGUAUGUUAAAAAAUUGUGUAUGUUGUCUUGAUUACACCACAUUGAAAAAAAUACCAGUGAAGGUUCAAUAUCUUAUGAGAGAUAUAUAUUUUUUUAUAGACAAACAACACUUUGGCAUGGUAAAGAAUUUCUCCAGAUAAUUUUCAUCCAUGCAAACAAAAAGCUAGAUAGGGCAACUAUAUAUCAAAUUUUAACAGUAAAAUGUUUAAUCUGAAUAAGGGAAUUUAUACAGGUGAAAUGUACAACCAUCCCAAGCUGUAAUAAAUUUAUAAUAGUACUUUUAAAUUCUGUGUAUAAUCAUUCAGUUCACUCCAUUUGAUCAAAUUAUAUUUAUAUUUUAUGCCCCAUUUAUGGGCAUUAUGUUUUUCGGUCCGUGCGUCCGUUUGUUCGUCCGUCUAUCUGUCCGGCUUCAGGUUCAAGUUUUUCAGGUUUAAGUUUUUGGUUAAGGUAGUUUUUGAUGAAGUUGAUGUCCAAUCAACUUGAAACUUAGUACACAUGUUCCCUGUGAUAUGAUCUUUCUAAUUUUAAUGCCAAAUUAGAGUUUUGACCCCAAUUUCACCGUCCACCGAACAUAGAAAAUGAUAAUGCGAGGGGGCAUCCUUGUACUAUGGACACAUUCUUGUUUCAUGUUAAAUUGAGAAAUGUAUUUCAAUGUGAUAGAAACAAUUUUGAAUCAUUGUGUGUAAUAAAGCAUUGUGCAAUACUGACUAUUAUUUAGUUGAUUUCUCAUAUUGUUUAGUUUUUAUUUACAUUUCCUUUAUUUUCUACUUUGUUAAUUACAAUCUUGUUUAAAAGGCUUAAUAGAUAUUAAAGUAUAGAUAUUCAUGUCAUAGUAUUUUUUGAAAGAAUAUAUACAAAUAUGUCUGCAUAUUUGUGGGGAAAAGUUUCAGAAUUUUGUUAAUCUUUUGUUCAAUGAAGAUUAAUUUUUAAUUGUCUUCUCUUGUCUUCAUGCUUUCUAUACUAUUAUUAUAUGAUGAUUUCAGACAAUCUUGAAAUUUAUACAGCAAAGGAUAUUUCCAAGUGUAAAUUGGAAGAACAUAGUCCAAGUAUAGUAAAAAAAUUAAUCAACUCCUGGUAAUGGUCAUUUCUUAUACUUUUCCUUCAUUUAUUCUUGAAAAUGUACAGACUCUAUACUUAUUUUUUAUUGGAUUUCACAUGAGUCUCAUAUAUAUUCACUUUUUAUCAUAUUAUUUAGUUUUAGUUAAGGAAUUUAUUUAUUGUAAUCUUUGAACAUUGCACAAAUCUAUUUAUUCUUAUGUACAUUCCAGAUUUGAUUUCCACAUAUCAUAUUUACAUUAAUUUACAUGAUAUUGUAAAUAGUCUACAUAUGUUUCACUACUGAGUAUACUGUCUGAAAUUCAUAUAGUCUGCCUACAACAAAAUUGGUUCAGUUAGGAGCUGUUUAAAUUAGCUUUUUAGAAAAGAAAAAGUUACUAGCUUUUACAUGUUUAUACAUUGUUUUCUUCAGUUGAUGUAAAGAUGAAUUGAUAUUUAACAAUCUGUAGACAGAAGAAGUAUAAUUUCUUGGUACAGUUUUUCUUCUAUAAAUGAAUUAAUUACAGUUCUAUAGUAAAUAAUUUAAGUAGAAAAAAGGGUAUAUGGAAAAUAGAAGUUAAGCUGGACUAUGCAAUCAAUUAUUGCCUUUUAUUACUAAAAAUAUAUAUUGAGUUAAGUGUCUUUCAUUUUAACAAAUUUCAAAAUAACAUUAAACUGUACAAUUGUGUUUAAAGGUAUACUCAGAAAGAUAAUUGUAAAAAGUGAUUUCUUCAGCACUUUCCUUCGAAGGAAGAGAAUAAAUAUUUUUUUUUUCAUUGUUUAUAGAACAGGUUUUGUAUUCAAAGCUAUUGAGGGCAUCUUUUCUGCAGAGGAAAUGUGGCUUUUAAAAUUUAUAGAUCAAUAAGUGAGAGGUUAAACCAAAAAAAUAUUGUUUAGACACAUACAUCCUCCCAAGAGGCAUUCUCUCCCUUUAAAAAAAGCCUAAUAAAGGGGGACUACAGUUAAUUGUAGAAAUUUUAAAGUCACUAUAUAAAGGAAUGCAUAUCAAUUAUGCAGAUUUUAGUUUUUUUUUAGGAGAUGCAUGUUUUCCGUCCAAUAGUUCGCUGUUUUUGUGAUGUCAAAAUAAUGUGCUAGAAGUGGUAUACUACAAACUUGAUUUCAUGCAAUUAUGGUGCAUAAAAUAUCGGCUAUAUUUUUGUUUUCAAUUUGUUUUGAAAUGUUUGCAAAUUUCUUUCAUCAAUUAAAGAAAUAAAAGAACAUGUACAUGACAAGUAUUUAAAUCUUAUAACUAAUUGUAUAUUUCAAAUAACUCCCUUACAAUAUAAUUGUAAAUAGAUUAUAAUUUAUGGUGUUAAUUUAUCCAGACAUUUUAAAUUCAUGGAAAUGCAAGAUGAAAAAAAUAUUUGAGGAGAUAGAAGUCCCCAUUGUUGAUUGUUUUAAUAUUUACAGUAUUUUACAGAAUUAUGAUUGGUUACAGCUUUAGAAAAUUUAGUCCUUAGUAAUGAUAAUAUUACAAUUCCAAAAUCACAAAUAUAACAGACAAGUCUUUAUUUUGAAGUGAUAGUCUUUUGCUAUGAAAAAUACCCAUUCCUAACUGCACCAUGUUUUGCAGAAUUGUCUUUAACUUGUGAACAUGUUUGAAGGUAUUUGUGGUAUAAGGGGUUUUACAGUAGUGAUCCUCAAUGUAAUAUAUAAAUGUAGUCAUGAUAUUUUUAGUAACACAAAUGUACAAUUGAACGAGAGCUUGCUUUUAAAGGCUAAUGUACAAUCUUACUACCUAUUUUGGUAUACUUUAAUGACUUGUUUUACGUUGUCUAUAUCUUCGUAUAAAAUAAACAUAUGUCACAAUCA